UCCUUCUUUUUGUUCAAUGUUCUGUGAAUGGUUGCAUGAAUCUUCUCCUUUGUUCGCCUCCAACACUGCCACAAAAAAGACCAUUGCUGCCGCCAAACUUCUACUCAAUUAUGGCGGCUAAUACUCUUAAACCCUAACCCCCAAUCUCCAAUUUUCCCACGUUUAUUUUCCCUCACUUUCCCGAGAAAAAACAGUAAAAAGAAAAUUCCGAUGGCCACCGGACUCGCCCUCAGAUUCAGAUCCCGCCUCCUCCAUACCACCUCACUCCUCCACUCCUCCCUUCUCCACACACGCCACCCUACCGCCGCCAAUCUCUCGACGUCUCUCGCAGCUGCCUCCUUCAUCCGUUCCAUCGACUCACCUUCCGCCCUCCCCUUCGCUUUCUCUAUCCACCAGCGUCUCCUCUCCACGGCGGCUCGGCGCUCGGCAUCUCGACCAAAGAAAACGGUUGACAUCGGCGCGCGAGCCAGGCAGAUGCAGACACGGCGCCUGUGGACCUACGCCCUAACGUUCGGAUGCAUCGCGGGGUUCAUCGUCAUCGUUCUGAACAACGUCCAGGACCAGUUAGUGUUCUACGUUACUCCAUCGGAAGCUCUCGAAAAGUACGCUCAGAACCCUACGAAGACGAAGUUCCGAUUGGGAGGUUUGGUCCUGGAAGGCAGCGUCGUGCAGCCUGCAUCUUCGGCAGAGAUGGAAUUCGUGGUCUCCGAUCUGAUCACCGAUAUUCUUGUCCGGUUUCAGGGUUCGCUCCCCGAUCUCUUCAGGGAAGGUCAUUCUGUGGUGGUGGAAGGGUUCGUGAAGCCGUUCACCGAUGAGAUCAGGAAUCAGGUGUCCGCCAAGAGCGUUUCCGGAAAGGCAAGGAGCGGAGACUGCUAUUUUUCCGCCACGGAGGUUUUAGCAAAGCACGACGAGAAGUAUAUGCCUAAGGAGGUUGCGGCGGCUAUUGAGAAGAACAAGAAGAUCAUUGAGGAGGCUGCAGUGAAAGAAGCGGAGUCAGCGGCAGAGGCUGCAGUGGCAGCAAAGAGCUCUUAGGUGGAUUCUCUGCCUAAUUUUUGUUUCAAUUGCAACAAAUAUAUUGUUCUUUCUACAGACUACAGUUUAUGUUGUGAACACAUGUAACCGAAGUACAGAACCGAACAAUUGUGUUGAUUACUUUUGGCCGGAAUAAACAUUCUCACAUUUGAAUAUGAAAUGCAAGUUGAGGAUUUUUCUUUAUCACCUUUUUGUUUGAACAUCUAGACCUGUGAACAUAGUAUUAUUAGUUUUAAACUUUUAAUUACUCUGAAAGUUCCGAGUGUUUGCACAAAGUACUUGCUAGUAUCUUACAUAGCAUGUGCUUCGGUGCUUGUAUAAUUGGUAAAACAAUUGAUAUAUGUAGUGAGUACUUGUUUGGUUUAAGUUAUUACUUUCAUAUUUUGUGACCCUUUUAAGAGCACCGCUUAUAGAACGGGAAAGGAAAAAGAAGACACAGAACAACCCAUCACAUAAUACACGUACAAAUUUCUCUUCUUGUCCACAAUAGAUUAGAUAGGAUGAAUUGAAUUAGACCCUAAUCAAUAAUUAGGGACGAAGAAUAAGAUAAUACAAUCAAGUAAUCAACAUAAUAAAUAAACAACAAAUAUUUUAGCCCAUUUAAAAUUUAACCAAAAAAAUAAAGAUGCAGGGAGAAUUUAGUCGCGGAGAAGGGCAAGGAAAGAGAGGAUCAACGUGGAGCAAACAAAUGUA